AUGCUGAAUCCAGAGCAGUUCACCGACAAGACCAGCGAGGUUAUCCUCAAGGCCCAGUCACUCGCGCGCGACUAUGCGCAUCUGCAAGUCACCCCGGCGCAUCUCGCCUGCGCCAUGUUUGAGGACUCGGACGAGCUCCUCAAAUCCGUUAUUGAAAAAUCCGGCGGCGACGCCCGCCAGGCCGAGCGUCUUCUCAAGGCUUACAUUGUCCGUCAGCCGUCCCAGUCGCCGCCUCCCGUCGAUAUUGGCUUCCAUCCCGCGGCCGUCAAGAUGCUGAAUGCCGCCGAUGACAUUCGGAAGAAGCAAAAGGAUACCCACAUUGCCAUCGAUCAUCUGAUGCUCGCGCUGCUCGACAUUCAGGAAGUCAUGAAGUGUCUGAGCGACGCCGGCGUCAACCGCAAAUCAUUCGAGCUGACCCUCGAGAAGAUUCGCGGCAGCCGCCGCGUCGAUUCUCGCUCGGCCGACUCGACCUACGAGGCAUUGUCCAAGUAUGCCAUCGAUCUCAUCGACAUGGCUGAAAAGGGCAAACUUGACCCUGUAAUCGGACGGGACGACGAGAUUCGCCGAGUCAUCCGCAUUCUCUCUCGCAGAACAAAGAAUAACCCAGUCCUCAUUGGCGAACCUGGUGUCGGCAAGACGGCAAUCGUCGAAGGCCUUGCCCAGCGAAUCGUGCGCAAAGAUGUGCCCGUCAAUCUCCACUGCAAGCUGUUUUCGCUCGAUAUGGGUGCAUUGGUUGCUGGCGCCAAGUACCGUGGCGAAUUCGAGGAGCGUCUCAAGGCAGUCCUGAAAGAAGUAUCCGAAUCGUCCGGGGGAAUCAUCCUCUUCAUCGAUGAGAUUCACAUGGUUCUUGGAGCUGGAAACCACGAAGGUGGCAUGGAUGCAGCCAAUCUGUUGAAGCCCAUGCUCGCCCGCGGCGAGCUCCGUGUCGUCGGCGCCACCACCCUCGCCGAAUACCAGAAGCACGUCGAGAAGGAUGCUGCUUUCGAGCGCCGGCUCCAGCAAGUUCUUGUACAGGAGCCCAGCGUCGAGGCCACCAUCAGUAUCCUCCGUGGACUGCGCGAGCGCUAUGAGACACACCACGGCGUGCGCAUCAUGGACGAGGCACUCGUGCAGGCCGCGACCCUGGCCGACCGAUACAUCACCAACCGAUUCUUGCCCGACAAGGCCAUUGAUCUUGUAGACGAGGCCUGCGCUCACACUCGUGUGCAACUCGACUCCCAGCCCGAGAUCAUCGAUACACUCGAGAGAAAGCAUCUCCAGCUCGAGAUCGAGGCCACGGCCUUGGCCAAAGAGAAGGACCCCAACUCGGCCCAACGCCUCGCCAAGGUCCGCGAGGAAAUGUCGCAGAUCAAGGAAAAGCUCACGCCCCUGCGAGCCAAGUAUUCGAGCGACAAGGAGCGUCUCGAUAAGAUCCGCGACUUGCAGAAGAAGCUCGAAGACCUACAAUCCAAGGCCAUCAACGCCCAGCGCAACCACAACCUCGAGCUGGCCGCAGAUUUGCAGUACGGUGCCAUUCCAGAGACUCGAAACCAGCUCGCCGAGCUCGAGCGCAAGAACCGAGAGUAUCAGCAGACUAUCACGUCCAACGGCGAUGCCGACGGCGCUCGAUUGACAGAAGUCGUCAGUGGCGAUCAGAUCAUGGACAUUGUCUCGAGAUGGACUGGCAUUCCGGUGAGCCGCCUCUCCAAGUCGCAGGUCGAGCGUCUACUCAACAUUGGCGAUGCUCUGCACAAGCGAGUCGUUGGACAAGAUGAAGCCGUCGACGCUGUGGCCAGCGCCAUCCUGCGCUCGCGAGCGGGUCUGGCCGGUGAGCAUCAGCCCAUCGGAUCGUUCCUGUUCCUCGGCCCCACCGGCGUUGGAAAAACCGAGCUCGCCAAGGCGCUCGCCCAGGAACUCUUUGACGACGAAAAGAACGGCAUCGUGCGCAUCGACAUGUCCGAGUACAUGGAGUCGCACUCGAUCGCUCGACUGAUCGGUGCUCCUCCUGGAUAUGUUGGCCACGACGAUGGAGGCCAGCUGACCGAACGCAUCCGUCGCCACCCGUACUCGGUCAUCCUCUUUGACGAGAUCGAGAAGGCCCACCCUCAGGUGCUGAAUGUGCUGCUCCAGGUUCUCGAUGAUGGCCGCCUCACCGACGGCAAGGGGCGAACCGUCGACUUUACCAACACCGUCGUGAUCAUGACAUCCAACAUUGGCGCCAUGCACCUCAUGGACGCCCAUCUGACCGCCAACGGCCAGCUCUCCGAAACCACUCGAGCCCAAGUGAUGAACGAGCUCAAGCACUCGUUCAAGCCGGAGCUGAUCAAUCGUAUCACCGACAUUGUCAUCUUCAAGCCUCUGUCGACAGACGAGCUCGAGAAGAUUGUGCUGAACCAGCUCGGGAUUGUCCAAAAGCGCCUCGACAGCCGCAACAUCAAGCUUGAUCUCUCCCGGGCUGCCGCAGAGUACGUUCUGUCCCAGUCAUACAACCCGCAGUUUGGUGCUCGCCCGCUGAGACGCUACAUCGAGCACACGAUUGUCACCCGGCUCUCGAGAAUGAUCGUGGCCGGCGACCUCCCCGAACACACAACCGUCCAUAUCCGCACCCGCCGCGAAGAUGCUUCCGCCAUGAAGAAGCGACGUGGUCCGGACCACGCAUACGAGGACCAAGACCCCAAUGACCUGUGCUUCUCCCUCGAGCGAUGGGCUGACAACGCCUCUGGCUCGGCAGCAUAGACGUCAUCCAUGAGGUGCCGGGUACUUCAUCUCGAAUGGUUCUCGAUCCAUCUUUCUCCAAGUUUGAUCUUCACACAUUUCUUGAUAUCCACCGAGUGGGGCUCUGGGCUCUGAAUACACACAUGUAAUAUCGAAAGCGUAUCGAAUACACAAUGGAAUAUAGCCAAUCCUUUAUUCACUUGAUCCAUUCCAAGCUGUUGAUGCUCUCUUAUCGAUUACUGAGGAGCAGCGGGGUAGGAAUGAACCGGGUCUGCAGCUAGCGACAAUACAUUUCAUCCCGCAAGCACCUCGCUCACAUGUCUUGC